AUGAGUGACGGCGCCGAGGGAGAAGCAGCAGCAGCAGCAGACACGCUGCGAGAGCAGCAGCAGCAGCAGCAGCAGCAGUUGCGUCCCUGCGCAGCAGCAGGACCCUCCGCAACAGCAGCAGCGGCAGCAGCGGCAAAAAGGGGACUUGAGCUCCACGACGAGGGGUUCACGUCGCCGAUUGACGCUGCAGCAGAUCCGACAGACAGCAGCAGCAGCAGCAGCAGCAGCAGCAGCAGCAGCAGCAGUUUGCUGCGAGCUCUGGGGUCUUUAGAGCUGCCGCAUUUCCUGCUGCAGCAGCCCCCUGCUUAUUCCCGCAGUGCUUCUCCUGCUGCAGGGCCUCAGAGCAGCAGCAGCGAGGAGGCACACAAGGACAACGGUGAAAGCAGCAGCAGCAGCAGCAGCAGCAGCAGCAGCAGGAAGCCGACGCUGCUGCAGGCGUUGUCGGAAGUGCCUGAAGACUUCGGGCUCUUCAGCAGCAGCAAAGGAGGAGACGCGCUGUCUCUUUUUGUGAAGAACGAGAGGCCAGCAGCAGCAGCAGCAGAAGCUGCUGCUGCUGCUGCUGCUGCUCCUAACGACUGCAGGCCCUUCACGCUUGGGGACUGGGCAGGAGACGCAGCAGAAGGGACAGAAGCAGCAAAAGGAGAUGUGGCAACUCGGCAAGCAACUCUUGUCUCCUUUUUGCUGUCUUUGCUGCCGGAGAGCAGCAGCU